AUGAGUAAAAGAGCAAGAGAUGUUGGGAAUCCCUUGGACUCGAGUCCAGAGGGGACCAAGAAACGUCGCGAAAAGGGAAGACUAGCACAGCGAGCCUUUAGACAAAAGCAAAUAGAUACCAUCAGGAUCCUCAAGGAUGAAAAUCAAAAGUUUCGCGAUGCGAUUGCUGCCAUCAGUGCUGCGGCUGCCGGGAACCAGACAGCCUUGGGCCACGCCAUUGAAGAUGCGCAGAUAUUAGCCGGUACGGGUCGUCAGGGCUCAAAAGUCGUCGGCAGGGUCGAGUCAAAUCCUUCCAGCAACGAAGCGGCAGAUUCAUCAAUAGAAGCAGCCCCCAAAUCGCCAGUAUGUGAGGAAGAUGUCAUUGGGCCAGUAGACGAUUGGUCGCAUCAGAACAAUUUCGAGGCCGCCAAUCUUCUUCCAUCACCUAGCAAUGACUUGGCCCUCAAGAUCACGGGCGCUCCAGAGGAGAUAGCUCCCUACCUCGGACCCGCGGCCUACUCUGUCGCCGGCCAGAUCCAUUGGAUCGCCAUAGCGUACAGCUACGCGUCGGCGAAAGCACUGCGCGAGGCCGCUUCUUCGUUGCACUUGAACAAGGACUCAUCUCGGGCUUUUGGCAAGACGCUCCAGUAUGUCACCAUUGAUGAUGUGCUCUGCGUCCUUCGCGGCCGCCUCAUGUACCGGAAGCAAGGCUUCAUGGCGGGCGAUGAGAAUCAGGGUCAUGACCCGUGGAUGGCCAAGGUAGUGAUGAUGACCAUUGUGCAAAACUGCGCCCCAUCGGACAGCAAUCUACUCUUUACGGCGUUUGAUGUUGCCGACUGUCUGCGUUGCGAGCUCGGUGACAGGUUUGCACAGCUCGAGGCGGCGCUGGCCGGCACGGCUACCGAUUCAUGGGCUGCAGUUACAAGGGAGUUUGUGAGGGAAUUGGCAUUUCAGGCGAUAUGUUACGGUGCAGGGCCGAGAUGGCGCAUCGAGCAUGUUGUAGAAGCAGCUCAGCGGUGGGCCGUCGGGACAAGUCUACUUCGGCAAUGA